AUGGCGGAGUUGUUCGUUAAUCAGGCAAAACAAUAUGCAGAGACAAGGCCAAGUUAUCCUCAAGAACUGUUCCAAUUCAUUGCCUCAAAAACUCCCGUUCAUGACCUUGUAUGGGAUGUUGGCACAGGAAGUGGGCAGGCUGUUCGAUCGGUGACUGGGAUAUACAAGCAUGUAACAGGAACAGACACAAGCCUAAAACAACUGGAAUUUGCACCAAAACUUCCCAAUGUGAGCUACCACCAUACGCCUUCAGUAAUGUCAAGUAGUGAACUUGAAAAGACUGUGUCAACACAAUCUAGUGUUGAUCUAGUGACUAUUGCUCAAGCCAUGCAUUGGUUUGAUCUCCAUGCAUUUUACCAACAAGUAAAAUGGAUACUCAAAAAACCUGAUGGAGUCAUUGCUGCUUGGUGCUACACAGUUCCUGAAGUCAAUGACUCUGUAGACUCAGUCCUCAAUCCAAUUUACUCCAUUGAUUCUGAUCCCUACUGGGAACCGCAGCGUAAAUUGAUCGACGACAAGUAUAUGAGCAUUGAUUUUCCCUUUGAGCCAGUUGAAGGAGCUGAUCAUACAGGACCAUCCAAGUUUGUAGCAGAGAAACUGAUGGAUUUAGAUGAGUAUUUUACGUACCUAAGGUCAUGGUCUGCGUAUCAAACGGCCAAGACAAAGGGUGUGGAGCUACUGAGGGAUGAUAUGAUUGAGAGUUUCAAGCGUGCUUGGAAUGAAGAUGGGCACGACGAAAAAGUCGUCAAGUUUCCUGUUUACCUGAGGAUUGGCAAGGUAGGAAAUGCAUGA